AUGGUUGCUACUGAAAAUAAGAAGGCUCUCGUCUAUUCUAUUCUCGAAUUCCUGCAAAAGUCUUGUGAAGACGGUACCAUCAAUAAGGACGAUACUGAGGGUAUCGAAGUCGCAAUGCAAUGUAUUGGCGAAGCAUUCGGCGUGGAUGCUGCUGAUGAAGCACAAAAGGAGCUUUACUCCACCAAGCCUGCUAAUUUGCUUUCUAUCUUUGAUGUUUAUCUCAACACCAAGAAGUCUACCAAGCCACCUGCCGCUGCUUCUGCUUCCAAGGUUGAGAGUAAGCUUUGUAUGAGUGUGGUGACUAUUUGUAUAGCUGCUACCAGUGAGGAGAACAAGAAGGCUGCUGAGGAAAAGAAGGCAAUGGGUAACCGUAAGGUUGCUGAACGCAACUAUCCCGAAGCCAUCAAGCUCUACACUGAAGCUAUUGCUCUCAAUGCUAACAAUGCUGUCUACUACGCUAACCGUGCUGCUGCUUAUAGUCAACAAGGUGAUCAUGAGAAGGCUGUCAGUGAUGCUCAAAAGGCCGUUGAGGUUGAUCCCAAGUAUAGUAAGGCUUAUAGCCGCAUGGGUCAUGCUUAUUUCUGUUUGAACAAAUAUCAGGAUGCUGUCGAGGCUUAUGAAAAGGGCUUGGAGCUUGACCCCAACAAUGCUACUCUUAAAUCUUCUUUAGCCACUGCUAAAUCCAAGUUGAAUGCCGGUAGUGUUGAACGUUCUGUUCCUGCUGAAUCUUCCGCUGGUGGUGCUGGUGGUUUGCCCAACUUUGGUGGUGCUGGUGGUAUGCCCGAUCUUGGUGCUUUGCUCAACAACCCUGCUCUGAUGAAUAUGGCUCAACAAAUGAUGCAAUCAGGUGCACUUGAUAAUUUAAUGAGCAACCCCAAUGUUGCUAGAAUGGCUCAACAAAUGAUGGGUGGUCAAAAUGGUAGCGGACCUAACCUUCAAGAUAUGAUGAAUGAUCCUGAAAUGAUGAAAUUGGCUCGUGAUGCUAUGGGAGGCGCUGGAGGCCCCAAGCCUGAUGAUAAGCAAUAA